CUCUGCUCUGUGCAGCCUCAGCUCAGCUCCACUUGUUCCACUAUAGCAAUAGACACAUUUGUUCUGUGCCUUUUCCAGCAAAAUGAGUUUUGUACGAAAAGCAGCCAGUGUACAUAGUGCUGGAGGGGGUAGAAUGCAGAUGUCAGCACUGAGACCAUUAGGUUCUGCAGCUGCUGGAGGUUUUAAUGCUGGAAGAAUGUCAGGUGUCAGCUCUGGCUAUUCCUUUGGCAGUAGUAGUUCUGGCUUUGGUAGUAUCUUUGGUGCUGGUGGUGGUGGUGGUGGUGGUGGUGGUGGUGGUGGUAGCUUUGGGGCAGGUUUUGGUUCCUCUUUAAAUGUAGGUGAUGGGGAUGUCAUGCUUUUUGGUGCAAAUGAGAAGAUAACUAUGCAGAACCUGAAUGAUCGUCUGGCCAAAUAUUUAGGAAAGGUACAAUGUCUAGAGGAAGCUAACAAUGAACUUGAGCUAAAGAUCAAAGAGUGGCACAGUCAGGUCAUUCCAGGAUCUGGGGGUCCUGCUGCCCGUGACUAUGGCCAUCUUGAGAAGGAGAUUGAAGAUCUGCAAAAUAAGGUGAAUAAUUGUAGAGUGGAUACAGCAACUAUACUUCUGCAUAUCGACAAUGCCAAACUUGCUGCAGAUGACUUCAGAAACAAGUAUGAAAACGAACAGUCUUUGAGAAUGGGAGUUGAAGCUGAUAUUAAUGGACUUAAGCGAGUCUUGGAUGAGUUAGGCCUUGCCAAAGCAGAUGCUGAUAUGCAGAUUGAAAGCCUAAGGGAUGAAAUCGACUAUCUCAAGAAGAACCAUGAAGAGGACAUGAAGUCUGUAAGUAGCGGCAUCGCUGGUCAGGUUAAUGUAGAGCUUGACGCUGCCCCUGGUACUAACCUGCUGGAUGAAAUGGAUGCAUGCAGGAGAGACCAAGAAGCAAUGAUUGAUCAAAUGCGACGAGAAGCUGAGAGGUGGUUUAAUGAAAAGGCUAAAGAGGUAACAGUUAAAUCUGGAGAAGCUCAGGAAUCGCUGGUAUCCCACACGUCAGAGAUUUCAGAUCUGAAACGUUCUAUCCAGUCACUGGAAAUUGAACUCCAAACAGUGUUAGCCAAGAAAGCAUCCUUGAACUCAACUUUAUCAGGCAUAGAAAGCCAGUAUGGAGUGAGGAUACAGGAUAUACAGAUGAAGAUCAAUAUCUUGGAGGGCCAGCUUGCUGAUAUCCGAGCACAGAUGGAAUUCCAGAAUGAAGAGUAUCAGAUGCUUCUGAACGUAAAACAACAACUUGAAGGAGAAAUUAAAACCUAUCGUGCCUUGCUGGAGGGAGAGGAGUCAAAGGGGCAGCAUCAUAAAUCAUAAGAUAUUGACAGCCAUUGAACAAUUCGUAGAUGGUAUUGUCCUAUCAACUGAAGUCUUGCAGAAACAGAUUCCAGGACUUUCUUAUUAGCCUUUUAUUAAUGCCAAUUUAUGGAGAAGAAAGCUCAUUUGACAAACUAAAGAAGAAAAUCAACCAAUUCACAUUGCACCAAUGCUCAGUUUCCUGUCUUUUACAUGAAUUCUUGUUUUCCACACAAAGCAUUUGCAGUCACAGCUAGAAAAACAGUGAUUACAGAAUGUAAUAUUAAGAUAGCCAUUCCAUAGUAAUGAGCAAACAUUAAGUUUGGAGUUUGGCUCAUAAAAAAGCAUGCCUUCAACUUGGUUCAUUUAUGAAUAAUAGAUGGCAAGUAGAGUGCAGUGUGAUACAGCUUGACAAAUUAAGUAAUAAUUUUGAAACAGGUCUGUAUUUAUGAGUUUGAAGCUGCCUAUCAGCCCGAAAAUGACAAACCUGCUAGAAAUGUACUGAAACUAUCAACUAGUACUCAUAAGGAAAUGUAGAUCCACAAAGAUAAAAUACCUGACAAUGAAUCUAACAUAAAUAAUAUAUAGAUUUCUGAGGUCAGUGUCCAUAGUAACCAUCUUCUCUCAAAACUGAUUUCUUCAUGUGCAUUAUAUUCUGCCUAUCCAUUUACAAGUUGCAAACAUUUAACUUUAACACAGGCAUAAAGCAAUGCAAUUUAAAAAAAUGUUAAGUGAAUUGCACCCUUCUGGUUACUGUAUUUAAGAGAAUGGAUUUUUUUCAAAAAUUACAUUUCAUUGAGUAUUAAAACAGGAAGAUAGUUCAUAAGAAUGCAGUCUGCAAUUGUUUUCUGGAAACUAAAAAUGUAUGUUAAAUCAUGUAAUGAUGUUUUCAAGCUGACUUUUUUGCUUAGAAAUGUACCCGUAAUAGACAUUACGAUGCUUGGAUAUAUAUAAAAUAUAAAUUUCUUUUACAAAAUGAAAUAAACUUUUUUAUUUCUGAA